GGGCUCCAUGCCGCGCCCCGGGAGCCGAGGAGGUGCGGCCGCCCCGCUGCCGGGGGAGCGGGUGGGUCCGGAAGUCGGUGACUCUGUUUUCCCGCCGUCAUAGAUGGUGACUGCGAUGCUGAAGGCACUGGGCGAGUUGCUCCUCCUCAGCUCUUCUGUGUGAGGACCAAAGAAGACAAGAGACUGAAUUAUCUGAAUUAUGCUUCUACAACAGAACUGGGUUUCUCCUCAUUGGGCAUGGCAGAGCCUGGGGAAGCCCUUCCUUUUGUUUGUUUUCUUAAUGUUACAAACAGCUGAUCUGGAAGCCAGGAGAGGUCACCAAUUUGUCUGGAAAACAGGUCACUGGGGCCGGUGCGUCGGGGACUGUGGCUCGGGGGGCCUCCGGAGCCGGGCCGUGUGGUGCACCCACGCCGAGGGCUGGACGACCUACCACGCCAACUGCGACCAGCAGCACAAACCCGAGAGCCAGAGGAGGUGCUUUAAGGUCUGCGACUGGCACCUGGAGCUGUUCGAGUGGGAGGUUUCGGGAUGGGACAGGUGCGGGCUGGUCUCCGCCGCGGGAGCUGAGGCGGGAGCCGAGGCCUGUGUCACGGCGCAGCACGGGCUGCAGCGCCGGAGCGUGCGCUGCCUCCAGAGACUCAACAGGACCGUGGUCGCCAGCGAAAUAUGUGAGUAUUUCACACCGCAGCCGCCGGCCGAGCAAGCCUGCCUGGUGCCCUGCCCGCGGGACUGCGUCGUGUCCGAGUUCUCCGGCUGGUCCGAGUGCGGCACGGACUGCGCCCGGAGUUUGCAGCACCGGACGCGGGCGGUCGUCGCUCCCCCUCUCUACGGCGGUGCCCCGUGCCCCAAUCUCACGGAAUCCAGAGCCUGUGCAGCUCCCUCCUGUCCCCUCGGGGAGGAGGAGCACACCUACAGCCUCCGCGUGGGCUCGUGGGGCGAAUGCCGGCUGCCCCACCCUAAAGACCUCGAGCCGGCCGGGAGGAAUAUGCGGGAUUUGGGUUCGGACUCUGGAGAGCGAAGCACGCCUGGACUUCACGGCUCCAAACGCCACCACCACGCCGGGGAGGUGGAGAUCGGCUACCAAACCAGGCAGGUCAGGUGUGUAAGGAGCGAUGGAAAACAUGCGGCGCUCAGCCUCUGCCUGCAAGAUCCCGUCCCUGUAACCGCCAGGUCCUGUGUCGUCCCUAAAGACUGCGAGACAUCCGAGUGGUCCCCGUGGAGCUCCUGCUCCCGGACCUGCAGCUGGGGAGAUCCCAGCCCAGGAUUCCGGAGCCGGCGCCGUGGCGUGCGGAGCGUGGCCGUGGGCGCCGGGAAGCCGUGCCCGGAGCUGGAAGAGAGGGAAGCCUGCAGCGUGGGAGGGAAGGAGCUGCUGCAGCCCUGCCCCAGGUUUGCCUGGAGAACUUCUGAAUGGAAAGCUUGCCAGGUGUCUGUCCUCCUUGGCCAGCAAGACCCUCACCACCACAGGCAGGCAGGGCUUUGUGGAGGUGGCCUGCAAACCCGGAUGGUCUACUGUGUCCAGAUCACCACGGAGCCCGGGAUGCACCGGCUGAAGGAAGUUGCCAGACCGGUAGAUGGGAAGCUCUGCCAGGGUCCUGCUCCCUCCAGCUCCCAGGUGUGUCACCUGCCGUGCCCGGCCGAGUGCGUGGUGUCCCCGUGGUCGGCGUGGGGUCCCUGCGAGCACGAGAGCUGCCAGCACCGCCACGGAGCCAGAGGCUUUAGGAUGAGACAAAGGCAGGUGAUUGUGGAUCCAGUGGGCACCCUGGCAGGCUGUCCCCACUUAGUGGAGUCUAUUCCUUGUGAAGACCCUCUGUGCUACGAGUGGGUCGUUUCGGAAGGAGUGUGUGUGACUGACCAUGGAAAAUGUGGGCCUGGACACCGCAUCCUGAAAGCUGCCUGCAAGAGCAGGAAAGGUGAAGAAGUGCCACAUCACCUCUGCUCGGAGCUGCCCCGUCCUGAAGUUGUGGCUUGUGAAAUCCCUUGUGCCAUGGACUGUGUCAUCAGCGAGUGGUCCCCGUGGUCCCCCUGUUCCCACUCGUGCUCCAGUAAAAACGCGGAGGGCGCUCAAAGCAGGAGCAGGUCCAUCUUGGCCCUUCCAGCUGAGGGAGGAAAAGCCUGUCCCCCUGACCGAGCCCUGCAGGAACACCGUGCCUGUAACAACCAUCCAUGUGUGCAUUUCUUCUGGGAAACGUCUCCCUGGAGCUCCUGCUCCGAAGACGUGCUGGUGACUGCGCUCAACUCCACCAUCAACUGGAGCGGAGAAGCCACUUGUGGAGUGGGAAUACAGACGAGGAAAGUCUUCUGCAUGAAGAGCAGUUCUGGCCAGGUCACACCUAAAAGAUGUCCAGAGUCCAUCCGGCCUGAGGCCGUGCGGCCGUGCCUCCUCCCCUGCAAGAAGGACUGUGUUGUUACACCUUUCAGCGAGUGGACUCCCUGCCCAACAACCUGUCAGCCUGGCAAUGCCACUGCAGUUAAGCAGUCUCGGUACAGGAUUAUCGUUCAGGAUUCUGCCAACGGGGGACAGGCGUGCCCAGACACUUUGUAUGAGGAGAGAGAAUGUGAAGAUAUUCCCAUCUGUCCAGUGUAUAGGUGGAAGACCCACCGGUGGAGUUCCUGUGUGCUGGUGCCAGACUCGGUGAGACAGGGUGUGCCAGGACAGACUGAGGCGUGUGGACACGGUUUGCAGUCACGGGCUGUCACGUGCCUGUCGGAGCAGGAUGGCCCUGCCGACGUUGGUGACUGCGUGCGGUGGGCAGGAGCUGUGCCAUCCCCUGUCCAGGAGUGCCUCGUUCCCUGCAAAGAUGACUGCACAUUUACGCCCUGGUCCAAAUUUACAGCGUGCUCCUCUGACUGUGAGUCAACUAGAAGCAGGAGACGGUCACUCACAGGGCGAAGCAGAAAGCGAGACAAAUGCCAGAACACAGAAGUUUAUCCUCAAGUCGAAACAGAGCCGUGCCCUUGCGAGGUGUUCACCUCCCAGCCCCACGGCAAUUGGUCCGACUGCAUUAUCAGAGGAGGCCCAUCCGAGUUGCAGCUGGGAAUGCCAUCCCAGGGAGUGUCCAAGGAGUGCGGGGAGGGCGUGCGGCUGCGAGCCAUCGCCUGCUACGAUGGGACCGGGAGACUCGUGGAGCCGUCUCGCUGUAGCAGUUCCGGUUACAUUGAAGAGCCUUGCACGGUCCCUUGCCCGUUUGAUUGCAGACUAAGCGAUUGGUCCAGUUGGUCUCCUUGCAGCUCCUCCUGUGGACCGGGGGUGAAAGUCCGCUCCAAGUGGCUCAAGGAGAAGCCGUACAAUGGAGGCCGUCCCUGCCCGAAGCUGGAUCUCAAGAAUCAGGCUCAGGUGCACGAGGCAGUCCCAUGCUACAGCGAGUGCAAUCAGUAUUCUUGGGCAGUAGAACCGUGGUCUCCGUGCAAAAUCAACAGCGAACAAAAUUCCCUCCACUGUGGAGAAGGAAUACAAACAAGGAAAGUCAGGUGUGUGAGUGCUGCUGAGGACCAUGGAGGGGAGGCUGUGCCCAACGCUCUGUGUAAUCAGGCUGAAAUCCCAGACACAGUGCAGAAGUGUAGCUUGUACUGUCCCAGUGAAUGUGCAGUGUCCUACUGGGGACAGUGGAGCAGGUGUCCACAGGUGUGUGAUCCCAACAUUAUGCAAACCCGAACUCGACAAGUGCUGAGGUCUUCUGUCGGUUCAAAGCCCUGCCCUGAAGAUUCACAAAUGAAGCCAUGCAUUCUUAACCAAAAUUGCUUCCAAUAUCAGUACAACCUAACAGGCUGGAGCGGGUGCCAGCUGGGUGCCAAUGCCACGUGUGGACACGGGGAGCGGCGCCGACUCCUGAGCUGCCGGCGCAGCGACGGAGCCACUGUCAGCAUGCAGUUCUGCCAGAGGCUCCGCCUGGAGAAGCCCGUGCAGACGAGCAGCCGGUGUGUGGUGGGAUGUGCAGUGGACUGCCAGCUCUCCCCGUGGUCGGCCUGGUCCCAGUGCUCCCACACAUGUGGCUCUGGUGGCCAGAUGGUGCGUGGGCGCUCGGUGGUCCUGCGGGCAGCGGGCGAGGGCCGGCCCUGCCCGGAGCAGCUCACCCAGCACAGAAGCUGCCCGGUGAAGCCCUGCUACAACUGGCUCCUGGGGCCGUGGUCUCCCUGCAGAGUCCAGGGUGGACAGUGUGGAGAUGGAUUGCAAGUCCGCAACCUCACAUGUGUAGUGCACGAUGCAUCUGUUUCUGCUACAUCCAAACCAGUAGAAAAUGCAUUAUGUGGUGAGCUGCCGUCGAAAGAGAGUGUCCUGCAGUUACCCUGCUCUGUGCCUUGCCCAGGUGACUGCCACCUGACAGAGUGGUCAGAGUGGAGCUCCUGUGAGCUCACCUGCAUUAAUGGCAGGAGCUUUGAGACAACGGGGCGCCAGUCCCGAUCCCGGGCGCUCAUCGUUCAGUCUCCGGAGAACCAGGAGAGCUGCUCCGGGCAAGAGAUGGAAACUCGGCCUUGCUCAGGAGGGAAGUGUUAUGACUACCUGUGGAAAACCAGCCUUUGGCAAGACAACGUUCGCGCAGUGUGGUGUCAGCGCUCGGAUGGAAUGAAUGUCACAGGAGGGUGUCCUCUUCGGACCAAACCUGCGGAAGUUCGGCACUGCAGCCCAGCGUGUAGAAAACCCUUCUCCUACUGCACACAGAGAGGAGUCUGCGGUUGUGAGCGAGGAUAUACGGAAGUAAUGAGAUCAAAUGGUUUCCUGGAUUACUGCGUGAAGGUACCAGGUUUAGAAGAUAAGAAAGCCGAUGUUAAGACCAUUGCUGGAAAAAAUAAACCUGUCAACUCAAAAAUGCAUGACAUUUUCAAAGGAUGGUCUAUUCAACCUUUUAAUCCAGAUGGUAAACUGAAGAUGUGGGUGUAUGGAGUAUCGGCUGGUGGGUUCUUCAUCAUAGUUUUCCUGAUUUUUACAUCCUAUCUGAUGUGCAAAAGAACGAAGCCGCAUCAAAGCCCUCCUCCACAGCAGAAGCCUCUAACCUUGGCCUACG